AUGCCGAAGACUGCAGUUUCCCCCUACAACAUCCGUUUGACCUUCAAGGCACCGCCUUUCUUCCAACCUAACCCCCCCUUUCUCACCAUCCCCAGUCUUCCUCCUUCUCAAAGUCGAAUCAAAUCACGGCCGGCAUUAGGUGCUGGUGGACCACCUCGUCUACGAGAUCAGUCCUUCCACCCGUCCCAACAUAUCCCACAUGCCCCACACCUCCCUUUACGUGUGCAGGUGCUGGGGGGCCACCUCGUCUACGAGAUCACAGGCGGCUCUGAAGAGAGGAGCGUGGCUCCUCUCCUCCUGCUGCAGCUCCAUCAGAUCACAGGCGGCUCUGAGGAGAGGAGCGUGGCUCCUCUUCUCCUGCUGCAGCUCCAUCAGAUCACAGACGGCUCCGUGACCCGGAGGAGAGGAGCCACGCUGAUAGGCGUGUUUCUGUCCUUCCAGUCGCCAGUGGAGCUGCUCGGAGUCAACAUCGCCCCCUCACUCCCCACCCACCUUACCGUCCUCCCCCCAUUCGACCUUUGGCAGGUGCUGGUGGGCCACCCGGACUAUGAGAUCACAGGUGGGAGCGUGACCUACCGCGGGGAGGACCUGUUGGAGCUGGAGCCCGAGGAGAGGAGGCACGCUGAUAGGCGUGUGCUGGUGGGUCACCCUGAUUAUGAAAUCACGGGUGGCUCUGUGACGUACCGCGGGGAGGAUCUGUUGGAGCUGGAGCCCGAGGAGAGGAGCCACGCGGGCGUGUUUUUGUCCUUCCAGUCGCCCGUGGAGCUGCCCGGAGUUAACAACGUCGACUUCCUGCGCCUCUCGUGCAACGCGCGCCGGGCAGCUAAAGGGCUGCCCGAAAUGGAACCUCUGGAGUUCUACGGCUUCCUGAGCCCCAAGCUGGAGGAGCUCAACAUGGAUCUCAAGUACCUGCAGCGCAACGUGAACGAGGGGUUCAGCGGCGGCGAGAAGAAGCGCAACGAGAUCCUCCAGCUCGCUGUGCUGGACGCUGAGCUGGCCAUCCUGGAUGAGAUCGACUCAGGGCUGGACGUGGACGCGCUCAGAGACGUCGCCACUGCGGUCAACUCCCUGAAGCGGCCUGAGAAGGCGGUGCUGAUGAUCACCCACUACCAGCGUUUGUUGGAUUACAUUCGCCCCGACUACAUCCAUAUCAUGGAGCAAGGCCGCAUUGUGCUGACUGGCGAUGCAUCUCUGGCAUCGCAGCUGGAGGAGAAGGGUUAUGCGGGCAUUCAGAGCUAG